CCCUUCCGCCUCCGCUCCCCCCUUCCGUUCCUCCUCCCGGCAAUGGCGUCGCGCCUCCGCUCCUUCUCCCGUCCCGUCGCAGCAGCGUUCCUCCGCUCAGCUUCCGCCCGGAGCCCCGUGGCCUCUCUCCCCCGCUCCCUCGCUCCAACCCCCAGAGCUUCUUCCGUGGGGCGGCAGGUGGCGUUGGCACGAUCUCUGCAGCCGCUGCACAGCGCAAUAUCGGCGGCGAGGCUAACGUCGCGGCUUGGGGCAGAGGUUGCGCGGGCAGUGUCGCAGGGUACGCUCUGCAGCUCCUACCCGGGAGUCUGAGUCUGAUAGGAUCUUAAUCUUUGCAUCCUACCUAAACAGGUCUGAGUGUGCCUCGAUAAUGAAAGAGGUCGGGACAGACGCAGCGGACUUUUGAAGAAAUUUGUUCCCUUCAAUAAUCGGUUUUGCUUGUUGACAAAUUCUUCCGCACAUUAAUAUGUUAUAUGUACUGACGACCUUGUAUCAUGCUCAGAAGCAAUUACUGUGUGCACUUCAUAUCAGCUCGAGCCUUAACUGAACGGAGUUAUAUUUGUUAACAAUUUAGUUAUUGGAAGAACUGCUGCUAUAGUUCGUCAUUUUAA